AUGCCGGGUUCCCUUUCCGAGACGCAGGCCGUUGGUGUGCCCGUGGCGCUUGUGUUGCUGGACGGUUCUACCGUGAAGGGUACAAUAUUUACCUACAACCCAGCGGAAGAACUACUUGUGCUUUUCCAGGGCAUUGCAGGAAACGGUCCGAACGUGAAGAUAAUCCGAACACUGUUUAUUAAAGAAGUAAAAGUGAUUAAUGACGGAGAGGCAGAUAAGCUUCCACCACAGCUGGACCUCAAGGCGCGCCUGCCUUCCAUGCAUGCUGGUCGUGAACGCUCCCUUUUCAAGUACGCUAAUUUACAGCUUCGUGUUGCUCGAGAGGCGCGAGCGUCACUGCUCCAAACCGACGACAGGAAUACACCCAUUGCGGCGCUUGAUGUCCUCACUAAACUUGCACGGAUUUACCCAAAUAUUCACUGGGACAAGGAGGAAGGUGUCAUCCGUGUCAAUCAGGAGGUCUUUGUCAGGGGUACGCCUGACUGGAACACUCCCAUCGCCGUUGCUGCUGAUGGGGCCACUGAUAACAGCGUAAGUUUGGUCGGUCGCAUUCAGAAGACGCUUAUCAAGAAGUAA